CAAUAAUGAUUUAUAAAUUAAUAGGAAUAACAGGUUAUCUAAUUUAUCUGAUCUAUUUUACAAAGUUCUUGGAAUAUAUUUGGCCAUAAGAAAUACAGAAUAGUAAUAAAUAAUCUAUAAUUAAGAAAAACUAUUUUUUAUAGUAGUAAUGGUAGUCACUCAGAAUGUAAUUUAAGUUGUGGUUUGUGCAUAUUAUUAGAUAUUUUAUUCAGUGAAUCAUCCAUUCUUUGAAUAAUUUAAACUUGUGUAGGUAAUAAAUUGAAUAAGAUUUUAGAAACCUUGGCCUUGGGAAAAAAAUAAAGAAGAAUGGAAAAAAAUGAAAAUAAAAACUUUAAAAUCAAUAAUUAUAAAUUAAUCACUAGCUGCUCUAUUAGUCAGUAUAAUACCUGCAUUUGAAUGUAGAAUGGAUAAAUAGAGUUUUCCAAGUUAUUAUGAAAUAAUGAAGCAUGUUAUAAUUUGUCAUCUUAGUGAAGAUUUGAUAUUUUAUUGGAGUCAUAGAAUUUUGCAUUUACCAUAAUUAUAUCCAAAAAUUCAUAAAAUUCAUCAUUAAUAUAAUGUUUCAAGUAUAUUUAUAGAAUUAAAAUUAGUUGCGAUUGCUACUGAAUAUGCUCAUCCAAUCGAGUUUAUUUCUAGCAAUAUUAUACCAAUAUUCUCUGGCCCUUAUUUAUUAGGUGAUUAAAUACAUUGUAUAACAAUAUUAAUUUAUGUUGGAUUACACUUAUCAAAAGCUAUACAUCAACAUUGUGGAUAUGUUUUUCCUUGGGAAUUGUAUAAUUAUUUACCUUUUGCAACAAAUUCAAUUCAUCAUGGAUUGCAUCAUAGUGAAAAUAAUGGUAAUUAUGGUUCCCAAUUUAUAUUGUUUGAUAAACUUUUUGGUACUUGUAUUGAGUAUAAGGUAAAGUGA